GAGGAGGAUCCUAUUGUCAACUGGGAAGAAAGUUAAACGUUGGGAGGGAGAGAGAUAACUUUUCAAAUGCCAUUUAUCCUCAGCUUUGGUGCCCUGGGCAGGAACUGGUUAAUGGAUCUGUGAUCUGUGCUGGAAUCUACGGCAUCCGCAGAAAGAAAAUCUGUCCUCGUGCAAAUGAGAAAUUCUUUAUGAAAAUGCACCAUUUCUUCUGAAAGCAAUCUGAUUUGUAAAUUGAAAGAAAUGAACCGGCCAAUCGAUCACAUGAAGAGUCGACUAAAAAUGCAUUCGGCUCCCCGACUAAGGAGUGUGGAGGUUGCGAGAGGAAGAUCGGGUUAUGGUUUUACACUUUCUGGACAAGCGCCGUGUGUAAUUGGUCGUGUUGUUAAGGAAAGCCCUGCGGAAUUUGUGGGACUGAAGCCCGGGGAUCAGAUAUGUGCGGUAAAUGAGAUUAAUGUUAAAACAGCUUCCUAUGAAGAUGUAGUCAAGUUAAUUGGAAAAUGUUCUGGUGUUCUUCACAUGGUCAUUGCUGAAGGAAUCCACCAUCUAGACUCCUGUUCCAGUGACGAGGAGGUUGCUUACUAUGAAGGAAAAUCCUGUUUAAAGCCCAGGCCUGAUUCUAAGGCACUGGGUAUAAACAGAGCUGAGAGGGUAGUUGAAGAAAUGCAAUCUGGUGGAAUAUUCAAUAUGAUCUUUGAUCAUCCCAGCAUUGGUGCUGGUAAAUCUGACAACCAUGUCCCAAAACAAAGGUCAAGAUCGAUGUCGACUUCUCAUUAUGAAACCAGAAGAGAGAAAAUGAAGAAACAAGACAGUUUCUCAAAAGGACAUGAAAUAUCAAAGGUGUUGAGUAAUGACUGUCUGUUCUCUAAUGGACUACAGAACUUAGAUGACUUUGAAUUAGAUGCAAGCAUCCUAAAUGUUGGCAUGAUAGUUGGGUACCUAGGUUCCAUUGAACUCCCCUCUACAAGCUCGAAUCUUGAGUAUGAUAGUUUACAGGCCAUUCGUGGGUGUAUGCGUAGACUAAGGGCUGAACAAAAAAUACACUCACUGGUAUUGAUGAAAAUAAUGCAUGACAGUAUUCAUCUUUGCACUGACAAAGCAGGGAUUAUAGCUGUGUAUCCUGCUGAAAAACUGGCAUUUAGUGCUGUAUGCCCUGACGAUAGAAGGUUUUUUGGACUUGUUACCAUGCAGAGCAGUGAUGAUCAAAGUUUGGCUCAAGAUGAAGGAAUUUUAAGGACUUCAUGUCAUGUUUUUAUGGUAGAUCCUGAGCUUUUCCAUCAUAAAAUACAUCAAGGCAUUGCCAGAAGAUUUGGGUUUGAAUGUACUCCAGAUCCAGAUACCAAUGGUUGCUUGGAGUUCCCAACAUCCUCUUUGCCUGUUCUGCAAUUUAUCUCUGUUCUAUACAGAGACAUGGGAGAAUUGAUUGAAGGCAUGAGGGCAAGAGCAUUUUUGGAUAAUGAUGUAGAUGCCCAUCAGAACAACAGUACCAGUAGUAACAGUGACAGUGGAAUUGGGAAUUUUAACCAGGAAGAAAAACCAAGCAGAGUAUUGGUUGUUGAUUUAGGAGCAGCCCCAACAAAACAUGUUCCUCAUGCUUUAUGGGAGAAUCAAGUAGGAAGAGUGCCGAAUUCUCCAGUGCCACACUGGAAUGGCUAUGGUAAUGAAGAAGAAGGCCAUUUCUCAUUUCAGGGGGUACAGGCUGAUAAACAACAAAACUUUAAAAAGCACUUAGGACCAUCUGCUCGUAUUGAAGUCCCAGUGAUUUCUCCAAGAGGACCAUUGCCACCAAUGCCCUCAUCAAAAAAGGCUAGCACAAUGGAUGCUGGAAGCCAGCGGUGGCUACCUGUUCAUGUAAUACGAGACUGGCAACAUGGAAAUGUUAGUGAUCAGGAGUCAUAUGCCGAGUCUACUGAUGGUUGGUCCAGUGUAAACUGUGGCACACUUCCUCCGCCGAUGAACAAAAUUCCUGCUGACAGAUACAGAGUCGAAGGGAAUUUUUCACAACCUCCACUUGCGACUCAUAAGGAUGACUGGUCUAAAAAAGUCUUUGAUGUUCCCAAAAUGUUUGGAGCAUCACACUCCUCCAAGAAGGGGAAGGAGGAUAGAAAGAGCUCAAAAUUUGCCCAUAAGAUUGGCUUGGCCCAUGCUCCUCAACGAUCAUCAGGUCGAAGGUCAUUUGGAAGAUCUAAACGAUAUAGCGUCACCCGCUCUUUGGAUGAUCUUGAGGCUGCUACAGUCUCAGACGGAGAAUUAAAUAGCACAGAUCUGAAAGGAUGUAUCAGCGAGAACAGCCUAAGCAGCAAUGCCAGCCUUCCCAGUGUGCAGAGCUGCCGAAGACUGGGAGAACGCAGAGUAGCCAGCUGGGCCGUAUCUUUCGAACGUCUUCUCCAGGACCCAGUUGGUGUUCGAUACUUUACAGAAUUUUUGAAGAAGGAGUUCAGUGAAGAAAAUAUUCUUUUCUGGCAAUCAUGUGAAUAUUUUAGCAGGGUGCCAGCUCAUGACAAAAAUGAGCUUUCCUACAGAGCACGGGAAAUAUUUAACAAGUUUCUGAGUAGCAAGGCAACCACCCCAGUUAAUAUAGAUAGUCAAGCCCAGCUGGCCGAUGAUGUACUCAAUGCUCCUCAACCGAAUAUGUUUAAAGAACAACAGCUUCAGAUUUUUAAUCUCAUGAAGUUUGACAGCUACACCCGGUUCCUGAAGUCCCAUCUAUACCAGGAAUGUAUGCUUGCAGAAGUCGAGGGGCGCUCUUUACCAGACCCUCAGGAGGUUCCCAGCAGCCCUACCUCAAAGCACAGUAUCAGCUCAGACCGUUCCAACAUCUCCACUCCAAAAAAGCAGCAGCUCAGUAAAAAAAACAAGUCCGGAAGAUCUCUGAACGAAGAAUCUGGGGGAGAGGACGAUGGUGAUAGGAAGAAGAGGGGGGCAUUCUUCUCAUGGUCCCGGAGUAAAAGCAUGGGAAGGUCGCAGAAGAAAAAAAAUGAAAAUGGAGAUUUUUCCAAUGAAUCUACGGUUAUCAACGGAGUUUCUGGCAGGAGACGGGAAUCGCAAGGCUCUGUGUCCUCUUCGGCAAGUCUCGAGCUGAUUAAUGGUGGCACUAAUGGCACUAUGCUUGAGUUCGAAUCAUCAAGGGUGUCCUCGUCUUUAUCAGAGAAAGAGAAAUCAUCUAAGCACUGUUACAUCACUCUCCCGGACGCCUCUUCCUGCACUAUGGUCGUUAAAUCUGGAUUUUCUAUUAAGGACAUUCUGAGCGGUCUGUGCGAGAAACAUGGCUUCAAUAUUGCCGCUGUUGAUCUGUUUUUAGUUGGAGGAAGUAAGCCUCUUGUACUGAGCCAAGACAGCAGCAUUUUAGAAUCCCGAAAUCUAAGAAUAGAAAAGCGUACUUUAUUUCGUUUGGACCUUGUACCAAUUAACAGAUCCGUGGGGCUGAAAGCCAAACCGACCAAACCUGUGACUGAGGUCCUACGUCCUGUCGUGGCGAAAUAUGGACUGAAUCUUAAUGAUCUGGUAGCAAGACUUAGUGGGGAGCAGGAACUUCUAGAUUUGGGAGUGCCCAUUUCCAAUCUGGAUGGACAACGUGUUGUACUGGAAGAGAAGGAGAAUAUCAGGGGGAAAGAUAAACAGAAGGCACCAUUGUUGAAAUCUAAUCCCACCAUGAUGGGAAACUCCAGAAGUUCGACUUCACCGGAAGAAGACAGACCUCUGGUAAAAUCUGCCUCCAUUAGGCUGAAGGGAGAAAAUGGAAAGCUUGGGAGGGAUGCACGAAUGAUGAGAAAAGAUGAAGUUGUUAUGAGGACAGGUAGAAAAAAGCAGCAGAGAAUUAAUUUGGACGAAGCAGAAGCAUUUUUUGAGCUCAUUUCUAAGGCUCAAAGUAACAGAGCAGAAGAUCAACGUGGCCUUCUCCGUAAAGAAGACCUUGUUCUUCCAGACUUCCUUCGUUUGAGCCCAGCCGAUCCAGUUUCUUCCAGCUCAUCUGCUCAAAACAGUGGCAACAAAAGGACAGGAAAGAAUGAUGGGUUUGAUAAAGGAAGUCAACCUUCUCGAGCAUCUCAUGAUGUAAAACCAGAGUUUUCACACAAUGGCAGCGGUAAACCUGUCAGACCAAGUUCUUUGGAUAAAAGAGACAAAUCAGACUUUAUGCCACCCAGCUCUAGAAAAGCCUAUGCUCCAUUCACUGCUCCAUUGUCUCCAAUUCCUCAUUUGCAAGUGCAAAAUAUCCCAAGUCGGGAGAGACAAUCAAAAGACCUGCACUCGGAAAACAUUCAAACCAUAGAGGAUGAUAAUGUAGCGGACCUAACAUUAAUGGCCGAAGGAGAUAUUAACAGCCCUAACAGUACUUUGUUGCCAUUUCCACCAAGUCCGUCUUGCAAUCUGAGUAAGCUAUCAGAAGCCAACUAUUCACCACCACCUCCAAUCACUGCUAGUCAAGAUAAAUCUCCAUAUCAAAGACCAGGCAACAGUGGAAAAAAGAAAUCACUUUCACGCAGCUCAGAGAGCUUUUGGGAGCAGACUGACAUUAGCUACAAGGACAAUGCGGUUCUGAAGAAGGCGGACAGGUCUAAUAGAUCGGCUAAUCCUUUUCCAUCUAGCAGAGUCAUUGACGUAGACGAAGUUAAAGAGGGAGCAAGGAGGCAAUAUUCCAAAGAGGACACAGAGGGGAACCUAAGUUUUGAAGGGUAUAUUUCAGAGCUGAAGUCCUGUAAAGGCCGCACACGUACAGGUGUAUGCAGGACAUCUGACCUCCCAUCAAUGGUAAAGGCUAAGAGUGAAAAAACAAAAGAGUCAGACAAAACAUACAAAGCAACGUUUGUGUAACACCGUCACUGCCUAUGGAAAAGUAUCUAUAGACAACUUAGUUGGUCUCUGUGAAACUACUGAAUGUAUACAAGAAAGGUGUUUGGCUUGUUCCAGCCAAUUUAUCCAGAUCCACACUACAUAACGAAACAAAAACAAAACAAACAAACAAAUGAAUCUUCAGUACAUAGUUUUGAAGGAACAUUUAUGGAUUGUACUUUUUUGCCAACUUCUUGUUGAUCAAUACCAACAUGCAGACGUUCCCUUUACGCUUUUUUUAAUGCUCUUUUACAAGGUUUGAUGCAAUUCAUAAUACUGGAUUAUGGAGCAUUGAUCACAGAUUACAGUAUUCCUGAAAAUAUGUUAAAUCGACAUUUAAUUAGGUGUCAUUAACAGACGCUGAUAAUGUCCCAGAUGUGUUACGGUAGCCCGCUGGUACAUGUAUAUUUUUUUAUAUAGUUGUGAAUAUCUUUAUACAUUAUUUUAAACCCAAGUAAGUAAAAGCCUUUGCUUGUUGUGAUGUUGUAUUGUUCUUUAAUCUCAAAGAUGUGACAAAACCAUAUAAUUCCAUUCAGCAAAUUCUUAGUUUUAGGGGUUAUUUUCAUAUUUCAGUUGUUCAAUUAUUAAAUGGUUUAUAUGUCUUAAAGGGACAGUCUAAGCACCAAAA